UAAGGGGCCCAAUGGUAUCGAGAAUCCUUGAGCACUUGACACUCUCGCUGCGGAGUGGGCGGGGCCUCCUAGCUGGACUCGAAACCUGGGCUGGGGGGGCAGGCAGGCAGGUCGGCAGGUCGCUGGCUGGGAAUCCAUGUGGCGGGGGCUCUGGACCCUAGUAGCCCGGGCGGCACGUGGGCCUUGCAGACCGUGCACGCGCCAGGGUAGCGGCGCCCCAGGUCCCGGAUCCGGGGCCACCAUUUUCGCGCUGAGCUCUGGCCAAGGCCGCUGUGGCAUCGCAGUGAUCCGGACCAGCGGUCCUGCCAGCGGCCACGCUCUCCGGAGCUUAACGGCGCCCAGGGACUUGCCCCGGGCCCGCAGCGCCUGCCUGCGCCGGCUUAUCGACCCCCUCUCUGGGGAACCUUUAGACCGCGCUUUAGUCCUCUGGUUCCCAGGUCCCCAAAGUUUCACCGGUGAGGACUGUGCAGAGUUCCACGUGCAUGGAGGCCCAGCAGUGGUGAGUGGUGUCCUGCAGGCCCUGGGCAGGGUGCCAGGGCUGCGGCCUGCAGAGGCAGGUGAAUUCACCAGACGGGCCUUCGCCCACGGGAAGCUGAGCCUGACUGAGGUGGAGGGGCUGGCGGAUCUGAUCCAUGCAGAAACCGAGGCACAGCGAAGGCAGGCCCUGAGGCAGCUGGACGGGGAGCUGGGUGAUCUCUGCUGUGGCUGGGCCAAGACCCUCACUAAGGCUCUGGCCCAUGUGGAGGCCUAUAUCGACUUUGGGGAGGAUGACAACCUGGAGGAGGGCAUCCUGGAGCGAGUUGACAGCCAAGUGCGAGAGCUGGAGGUGGCACUGGACACACAUCUUCGAGAUGCCAGGCGCGGGCAGAGGCUACGCUCAGGGGCACAUGUAGUGGUCACGGGACCCCCCAACGCCGGCAAGAGCAGCCUAGUGAACCUACUCAGCCGGAAGCCAGUGUCCAUUGUGUCCCCAGAGCCCGGGACCACCCGCGACGUGCUGGAGACCCCUGUGGACCUGGCCGGGUUCCCAGUGCUCCUGAGCGACACAGCAGGGUUGCGGGAGGGCAAGGGGCCUGUAGAGCAGGAGGGUGUGCGGCGUGCCCGUGAGAGGCUGGAGCAGGCUGACCUCAUUCUGGCUGUGCUGGAUGCCUCUGACCUGGCCUCUCCGUCCAGCUGCAACUUCUUGGACACAGUUGUCACUGCUGCAAUGGCUCAGAGCCCCAAUGGGAACAGCCAGCGCCUCUUGCUGGUGCUGAACAAGUCUGACCUGCUGCCCCCUGGGGGCCCAGACCUCGGCCCUGAAGUGCCCUCCCACCUACUGCUAUCCUGCCUGACUGGGGAGGGGCUGGACAGUCUCCUGGAGGCACUGAGGAAGGAGCUUGCUGCAGUGUGUGGGGACCCGUUCAGAGGCCCACCUCUUCUGACGCGGGCAAGACAUCAGCAUCACCUCCAGGGCUGCCUGGACGCCCUUGGCCACUACAAGCAAGCUAAAGAUGUAGCCCUGGCGGCCGAGGCACUGCGGAUCGCCCGAGGGCACCUGACCUGCCUCACCAGUGGAGGGGGCACGGAGGAGAUCCUGGACAUCAUCUUCCAAGACUUCUGUGUGGGCAAGUGAGGGGAAUGCUGAAGCUUGGACCAGGCUGGAUGGACGCCCAGAAGCCUUAAGACAUCUGGGUAUAGCUUAGGCCAAGUGAGGUUCUCAUUUCCUUGGGGAAGAACCUGACUGCAAAACAGUGAGUGAGCUCCCUGUUGCUAUUGGUGACCAAGCUCUAGCUUGGUCCCUUACAGGGACUUUCUGGGGGUUCAGGCCUUGGAGUGGGGCUGAACAGAGGCCCCUUUGGGCACCUGAUCGUGGGUAAGUAGCAGUGAGGGUUGGGUGGGAGGUAGGAUCUCAGGGGUCUUUGUUUCAUAGUUUUUUAUGUAUUUUGUAAAUACCAAAGGAAAAAAACAGGUGAUCUGGAAAUGUUUAAAUAUAGAAAUCUUCCCCCGACACUGGUAUCACAGUAAAAAACUUGUGAACUUCUAGAACUUUCUUUGAGUGUUUGUAUA